ACAAGAGCAGAGCAUGACAACCAUCGUAGAAGUCAGUGCAAGCAUCAACUUUCAACCUCUACUUUCUGGCUAUUUUGUACUGUAAUUAUUGUGAUCAAUAGGCCUAUGAAGUUUUAUAGAUUGAAAUUUAGAGAGCUUAGAAAUGCUCAGUCGUGGACAGAAAAUUUUCAACCUUUUAAAAAACUCUGAACGAGAUGGAGACAAUAAUUAUUGUGAACUUGGAAAGCUAACCUCUCCAUUCCAAGACACAGAAGAUUGCUUGCUCAACAACAUUGAGAGAAAUGAGUUGGUUGUAGCAUUAAAUGAAAAAGAAAAUCAGACUGGACAAUUACACCUCAAUGCAACAGAAACAGAAGAGUCCCUGCUCAAAAACAAUGAGAGAGAUGAGGAGGUUGCAGACUUACAUGCCAAAGAAUGUCAGAUUGGACCAUUACACCUCAAUGCAACAGGUGAUACCUCCCUCGCAUUCGCUACCUCUCAGCCUGCCGCUCUGCUCGGCUCCCCACGCCACGCAUCAACCAAAUGAGUGGUUGACCCACCCGCCACCAGGGUGCGCCUCAGUCGCCGCCACCCGUUCCUGCGUUUCUAU